UUUAUAAAUACAUAUUUUUCAAAAGUGAAACAUAUUAUGUUAUUUUAAUUUAAAGCGAUUUUAAAUUUAUUAUAAUUUUUAUAAGAAAAGCCCAAAAUCAAAAACUUUCCAUUCCCUCCAAAUCAGUCACCGUUCACUCUCUUUUACUUUGAUUUUUAUUUCCGCUGUCUCAUUUCAUUUUCUCCUUCUUCAGCCCAGAAAAUUGAUCUCAAGCCAAUGCGAAUGGUGUUUAAGUUAAAGCCCCUGCUUUUGUCUCCUUUCUCUAAAUCCAAACCUUCGCCUCCUUUACGCAUCGCCGACGUGCUUUUACUUCAAGAUCACGAAGAAGACAGCCUCCUUCUCAUGGACGGUUCGCGCCGUAUCGCUGCUCGCUUGCUCUCUGCUCUUAAGCGUGGGAAGGUGGCGAAGCGGGUUAUUGGUGACGAAAGUAAGGAAGAUGACGUUGCGCCGCCUGAUCACGAAACCGAUGCUCCUGAUUUCUCAUCCGCAGAAAUAUGUGGGAAGGAAUCAAACUUUAACGUAGGAGUAGGGUGUUGUUUGCUCCAUCUUAUUGCUGAGAGUAAAAAUGAACUUCAAAAGAUGAAGGAAUUGAAGAUCCAAAUGGAGCAUGUUCUUCAAAAUGUUAAAGAGGGACUGCUAAAUACAGACAUACUAGUUUGUAAGAAUCUUGAAUCAAACGAUGGGGAUGGGGUCGACGAAAGUUUGGGUUUUAACAGCAACCUUACAUCAAAUAAAGUAUUGUUUGAUCAGUCGUCGAAUUGUGAUGAUGCACCAAAAGACGCUUGUUUAGAAGGAAUGGAUAGACUUGAAGCAGAACUUGAAGUUGAGUUAGAACGUUUACUUCUCCAUUUGGAUUCAGGAAAAUCCUCCACAAUCCCACCUGAGAAAACCAUCGAGGAGAACACUGUUAACACCACUUCAGUGAGAAGCUACAGUAUUAGUAAUGCUGAAGUAAUCGACCCUACAAUUGAGGCAGAGGAAGAAGACCGUCCGGACUCACAUGGCGGGGUUCCUCCAUGUGAACUGGAGAGGAAAUUGCAUGAAUUGCUGGAAACAAGGCAGGAACAACAGAUAAGAGAGCUAGAAGCUGCUUUGGAAACCGCAAGGCAAGAGCUCCGUGAAAAGGAACGAGAGAUUUCUUGGUGGAAAGAAACCGCACAUCUUAUGUUAAAGCAUGUUAAACAACCUUCAGGACUUAAUUUCCAGUACGUUCGACAUGCUCACCAACAGAAGUGAGAAAAAAAGAAUUGUAAUGCAGCUGAUCCCCAUCAUGUAUUACGUGUAAUUGGUGGGUUUUAAAUAUGAGUUGCUUCUCAAUAUUUAGAUGAUUGGUUUGAAAAUGUAAUAACAAGUGAGAAAUGAAUACACGGAUUCAAGGGAAAUAUAUAUAGCUCGUCAAUGGAUCGCUUAUCAUAUAAAA